GCAAUAAGUUUAUUCCACCUGUGUAUCUUUGUCUGAACGGUUGAAGCGUUCAAAACAAGCCCAAAAACCCGAAACGGAAAAGCACAAGUAAGAUACCCAGUAAAGAAAAGGAAUAUAGUCAUUGAAGCCAUGGCCAGCCAGAUCGUAGGCAAAAAGACGGCUUGUGUCGUAGGUGGCACCGGAUACGUUGCAUCUUUGUUGGUCAAGCUGUUGCUUGAGAAGGGCUAUGCUGUUAACACUACUGUCAGGGACCCAGACAAUCAGAAGAAGAUCCCUCACCUCGUAACACUACAAAAGCUGGGAGACUUGAAAAUCUUUCGAGCAGAUUUGACUGAUGAAGGCAGCUUUGAUGUCCCCAUAGCUGGUUGUGACUUUGUCUUCCAUGUUGCAACACCCGUCAAUUUUGCUUCUCAAGAUCCUGAGAAUGACAUGAUCAAACCAGCAACCCAGGGAGUGCUGAACGUUCUGAAAGCUUCUGCCAAAGCAAAAACAGUCAAACGCGUCGUCUUGACUUCUUCAGCCGCAGCUGUGUCGAUCAACACACUCGAGGGGACAGGUCUGGUCCUGACUGAGAAAGACUGGACCGACAUUGAGUUCUUAUCGUCGGCAAAGCCACCAACUUGGGGGUACCCUGCAUCCAAGACAUUGGCUGAAAAGGCAGCAUGGAAAUUUGCUCAAGAAAACAACAUCGAUCUUAUCACGGUUAUCCCUUCUCUCAUGACCGGUCCUUCUCUCACUCCAGAUGUGCCUAGUAGCAUUGGCCUUGCCACAUCUUUGCUUUCAGGCAACGAAUUCCUCAUAAAUGCUUUGAAAGGUAUGCAAAUGUUGUCAGGUUCAAUCUCUAUCACACAUGUGGAGGACGUCUGUCGGGCCCAUGUUUUUCUGGCAGAAAAAGAAUCUGCAUCCGGCCGGUAUAUAUGCUGUGCUGUCAAUUCGAGUGUUCCUGAGCUUGCUAAGUUCCUCAACCAAAGAUACCCUCAGUUCAAAGUCUCUACCGAUUUUGGAGAUUUCCCCUCUAAAGCCAAGUUGAUCAUUUCUUCGGAUAAGCUUAUUAAUGAAGGAUACAGCUUUAAGUUUGGGAUUGAGGAAAUCUACGACCAAACUGUAGAAUACAUGAGCGCUAAGGGGCUGCUCAAGUGAAGAGUCCGCCAACAUUUUCCCUAAUGACUGUGAUGUUUGGUUGCUUAAGAUGUAUGCUGUCUUUUGUUAUAUUAUCCGAAUAACUUGAUGUUCUGCAAA